AAACGGUUCAAAACAAACAUAGCCGAAACCGGUUCAGUUCAGUUCUUCUAGCCAGGGUCCUAUUUCUGUGAUCAAAAGCAGCAUACACAAAACAUCGGACCGAAAUGAUCAACAAAAGUCAUCACGUUCUUCCGAAUACCCAGCCAAUUGCGGUGCUGGAAUGUGCAACCGCUUUUAAAGCUCUUACUGAGAAGGAAAAACUGUAUGCCCACCACUUUAGCCAGGCAUGCUGGGCAGGCGGGCUGAUUGCCUUGGUCCAAUCGAGCCCGGAAGCUCCGCUGAUCUUUUCCCUACUGCAUCGUCUGUUACUGGUGCAACCUAUCGGGGAGUUGAAGGAGGCCGCACUGGAGGCGGGUAUUAGCGAGGAUGAAUUUACGGCAUUUCUGGUGUACGUCUGUGGCUUCCUGUCCAACGCCGGUAAUUAUAAGGGCAUGGGUGCCAGCAAGAUUGUACCAAAUUUAGACGAGGACAGACUGGAUCUGAUCAUUAAGAGCUCGAAAGCGUUUAAAGAGGACGCUGCAACGAUCGGAUCGCUUUGGGAGAAGACGAGGAAUCCAAUUUUCUUACUGACAGAACGAACAAAAACUCUGGGAUUAUGCGACCGAGGAGUAACAACGUACUUCUCGGGGAACGUAACCCGCUACGAUACGGAACUGAUCACUGAAUGGAUGAUGGAGAACAAGUUUGAAGCAUACAAUUGCCGAACAUUCAAGACCUUUGAGAAUGACAAAAACGUGUACAAUAUAAAGCUUGCCUCCGCCAGGGAAGGAGAGAAAGAAGGAUUGACGACAUCCCCUGUUGAGUACAAAGGAAACAUUUUCAAGAUCACCCGGGGCGAUUACAAGGAAGUUAUGCAGAUUGUUAAUGACCAUUUGGCAGAGGCAAGCAAAUUUGCAGCGAAUGACUAUCAGAAGCAUAUGAUCGACGGUUAUAUUGAAAGCUUCAACGAAGGCAGUUUAGAGGCCCAUAAGACUGGUUCCCGCCAUUGGAUUAAGGACAAGGGACCGGUUGUUGAGACAUAUAUUGGUUUUAUAUUUAGCUAUAGGGAUCCAGUUGGGCAGCGCGGCGAGUUUUGUGGUUUUGUCGCUAUGGUCAACAAAGAAAUGUCAGCUAAAUUUAAGUUAUUGGUUGAAAAAGCGGAAAGUUCCAUUAAACUGUUACCCUGGGGAGAGGAUUACGAGAAGGAUGAAUAUCUGCAGCCAGAUUUUACCUCGCUGGACAUUCUUACCAUGUCGGGGUCGAUGCUACCGUCCGGGAUGAACAUCCCUCGUUAUGAAGAAAUUUCUCAAGAUGAAGGUUUCAAGAACGUCUCCUUGGGAAAUGUGAUUGCUAAUAUAAGCCAAACACAACCGAUUCCAUUCCUAUCGAAGGAGGAUGAGGCUUUGAUGAAGCGCUACAAGGCGGCAUCGUUUACAGUUCAAGUUGGCCUUCACGAGCUGCUGGGGCACGGAAGUGGGAAGUUGCUUCGAAUCAAUGAGAAGGGUCAGUACAACUUUGACAGGAAGAAGGUAAAAAGUCUGUUGGAUGGAGAGCCAGUGAGCAAAUGGUAUGAGCCCGGUGAGACUUUCGACACUAAGUUCGAAUCAGUAGGCAAAAGUUAUGAAGAGUGUCGUGCGGAAGCGGUUGGACUCUACCUCAGUUUGGAUCGAGACAUUUUGGAGAUUUUUGGCUACACCGAUAAGCAGGAAAUCGAGGAUAUUAUAUAUGUCAACUGGUUAUUGGUUGUGUGGGCUGGUGUUGGGGCUGCAUUGGAACUGUAUAAUCCAACGCAGAAAACCUGGCUGCAAGCUCACAACCAAGCCCGGUUUGUUAUAAUGAAAGCCUUGCUAGAAGCCGGUGCAGGUCUGGUCAGCGUUGAAGAAACCGAGGCAGGCCAAAAUCUUCUACUAAAGCUUGAUCGCAGCAAGAUCAAUACGGUUGGUAAAGAGGCGAUCAAGCAACUUUUAAUAAAACUCCAGUUCUAUAAAUCGACGGGUGAUGUUGCGGGGGCGACCAAACUGUACGAUCAUUAUUCGGAGGUCAAUGAGACGGGUCCACAUCCGUGGGCUAGGUGGAGAGAUAUCGUACUUAUGCGGAAACAGCCCCGAAUGAUCAAUGUCCAGGCGAAUACCGUUCUGGCUGAGGAUGGUUCCGUACAGCUUAAGUUGUACGAAUCGAACUUCGAAGGAUAUAUCGAGUCCUGGAUGGAUCGCUACCCAAAAACGGAUAUCGAUGAAGUGCUGGAACGAAUCUACAAACAAGAUGAGGUGUAUUUUCCGAAUCUUUAAUACUUACUGAAUUGUUACUCUUGUGAAUAAAUAUAUCGUACAAGAUUUUUGAA